CAGAGUACCAGUUCCCAGGGAGGGCUGUGCGCGUCCUUCCUUUGGUUUUGGUAGCAGACCAGUCAGAUAGAGUCUGUCAGCGGGACCUGAGAACUGCGCGUAGGACAGGAGGAGCUGGAUAAAGCGCACCGGGUCGGCGCAUGUAUUUGGCCAUUUUUUCUUUCCCGUCUUCGAUUCCGCUGCGCCUCUGAUCGGAUGCUGGAUGCAAUCCAUCCCCCCGUCAACAAUACACAUCUGACGGACAAAUCAUGGACAGCCUAGGUAGCCGCUGUAAGAUUGUGGUGGUCGGGGACACGCAAUGUGGGAAAACGGCACUCCUGCACGUUUUUGCCAAGGACUGCUAUCCAGAGAACUACGUGCCCACAGUGUUUGAAAACUACACAGCCAGUUUUGAGAUAGACAAGCACCGGAUUGAGCUGAAUAUGUGGGACACGUCAGGUUCCUCUUAUUACGACAAUGUGAGACCACUGGCGUAUCCUGAUUCAGAUGCGGUGCUCAUCUGUUUCGACAUCAGCCGCCCAGAGACUUUGGACAGUGUCAUAAAAAAGUGGCAAGGAGAAACGCAGGAGUUUUGUCCAAAUGCCAAAGUGGUGCUGGUGGGCUGUAAGUUGGACAUGAGGACAGAUGUCAACACCCUGAGGGAACUCUCCAAGCAGCGUCUCAUCCCUGUCACCCAUGAACAGGGCAGCACGAUAGCUCGACAGAUUGCGGCGGUGGCCUACGUGGAGUGUACCUCCAAAGUUUCGGAGAACAGCGUUCGUGACGUGUUCCAUGUCACCACGGUGGCAUCUGUGCGGCGGCCGCACAAGCCGCAGCUAAAACGCAGCAGUUCCCGCAGAGGCCUGAAGCGAGUCUCACAGCUCCCCUUGCCUCCCCUGCCGGGUCGGACUGAGCAAAUGGACCAGGCCCCGGCCAUGAGGAAGGACCGGGCCAAGAGCUGUGUGCUCAUGUAGAGACCAAUUAUUGUAAAUAUAUAUAUGUAUAUACAUAAACACAGAAAUAUAUAACAGAGGAAGUCUAUUUAUUGUUUUUUGUUGUUGUUUUUUUCCUCGUAUUUUCAUUUUUUGCACUGCAGAGGAGUGAGGAAAAAAGAAACAUUGCGCUGUGGAAAGAAAUGCUUUGGAGUUUUUCAAAAAAAAAAAAAAAAUUUUUUGUUGCGUGUGUGCAUAUUUUCUAAGCUGUUUACAUAUUUGUGUUGUUUGGAAACGCUGACAAAUUGGACUAACCCUCUGGAUAUAAGGAAGCUGUGAUAGUGGACGUGCCGUCUGGUUCUGGCUAUUAAAAAGGAAUUGAUUUCCUGAAGCCUGAAGCACUAAUAAGACGAUGGCAUGGCGGUGAUGGCGAGCAGAGUGAAGUGCAUGUGAAGAGAACCACUUUGAAGCAGGACAUCUUGGGAUGAAGCUUCCGGUUUUUAAAGACAGUGUUGACGUGAGGACUAAAUGUCAAGUUGCACUGUCUGAAAUUGCUUGCCAUAUUUGAGUGGAAACCCCAUGUGUAAAGUAAUGCUGAAAAGGGAUUCUAGUGAUUAGAUGAAUGAUGGCUCAAACCAAACAGUAGGAGCUGGAAAUGAGAUUUUUGUAACUGAAAUAUUGUGAAGGUGUACGUGAGCAUUACUACCACAAGUGCAUUUGUUUUAAAGUCACAACAUAUCUGUAUUAUUAUUUUAUUUUGCUCAUUUAACAUUAUUUUUCUGAUCAGGUCCAACUGUGUCAGUUUCAUUCACUGGUUUAUGCUGUUGUCACUAUUUUAAAAGAUGAUUCUUUGUGGAAAAUAAAGUGGUAAAAUGUUAGGGCUAUUUUGUUGUACCUUCACUAAAGUCUGAAAUAAAGCCACAGCUUGUCUGUAUAGGAACGGA